AUGGGCAGGGAAGAUGACAAAAGCUUGAACUACAUAGGAAUCGUCAGGCUAACCGACCGUUGCCUGUUGGCAUCGCACCCAGAUGCUCCACCAAAGGAAUCAAGAAAAGAAAUCCAAUCACUGUUCGACAAGAUUUACAAGGACUCGGAUAAGAACAUUAAAAAUAAUACGAAGAAGUGUCUAAGUUCAGCCAGUGGUAAACUUUACUUUAUAACAAAUAGCCUCAAAACUAUAGUUAUUUUUGUGUACUCAAAGGAUCCAAAAUUCCCUAAAAGAAUAGCUUCAAAGUUACUAAAGGAAUAUGCCGAUGCUAUAGAUUCUGCUGUUGGUGAUAAGAAUCUUGCGAGCGCCAAAAAGUACAGCUUGAGUCCCAAGUUAAAAACGAUAUCAAUUGAACUGUUGGAAAAGUAUUACGAUUACAAGAAAAAGGAUCCAACGACAAAGGCUAAAGAAAAUGUUGAAGGGAUUCUAGACCAUUUCACUGAAGAUGUAAAUAAGUUGAUUGAGAGUUACGGGAAUAUCGAGGACUUGAAAUCCAAAUCGGUGCAUUUGCAAGAACAAGCCGCAAAGUUUAGCAGCGCAACUACAACAGUGAAGAGGUCGUACAGGCGACAGUACUUAUCGCAUGUCAUAACACUGGUCAUAAUUGCCCUAGUGAUUGUAUUGUACUUCACAUUACCAUUCUUUACCAAUUCAUCGGAAGGAAUUUCCAAUGUUGUAGACAAUAAUGGCGGGGAUAAGUCUAGCCACAACAUAAAUGCGUUGAGGGGCCCACAAUUUAAAUAA